CCCUUGGCAUUGCCAGCAACGCAGGCAAUGCCAAAUGUGCCUGCACCACCUUACCCAGGUCCCCCUGCAGACUACAACGUCGGAGUCUACGAGGGAUUCCAAGCUCAACCUGCCAACCAUCCUGUUCAAAUAACUGCGUACCAGGUCAACCCACAACAAACUCAUUUGGUACAGCCUGUGAACCAGGUGGUGGUAGUGCAGCAGCUGCCAACCGAUGCUCCUGGGCAGAUGGUGUGUCCUUGCUGUCAAAAUACUGUUGUCACUAAAAUCCAGUACAAAAAUGGUCUGCUCACCUGGCUGAUCUGCGGCAUACUAGGAUUCUUGAUUUGCUGGCCUUGCUGUUUGAUCCCCUUCUGCGUGGAUGCUUGCAAGGAUGUGGAGCAUUCCUGCCCCGUAUGCAACAACGUCCUGCAUGUCCACAAACGCAGCUGAAACAGCACUGCAGUGUAAACUCUGAAGUAACAACAAAAGGCAGAGAAACCAGCCAUGACCAAACCGAACAUCUGUACAGGGGCCAAGCCUCUCUAUGCAAACGUCAGACGUCAUCUUGAACACUGUGCUCACUUGUGUAAAAUGCUUGUAUUAUACAUGUUUAGCUAGAAAAUUACAUGAUAGCUGUGGUUUGUUUUUUUCUGUUAUCUCAUGAUUACACAUGUGCUAUCACGUUGUAAAAAAAAUGUAAUGUGACAAUGUGAAAAAUAUUAUUAUAGUGAUCAUAUUUUUUCUCGACCUGAUCUGAGUGUCGUCUCAAAAUAUUAUACCUUAGUGUU